AUGGACGACCCACGACGCUCAAUGGACACCGAGGCCUUCCCGGCCGCUGAGCGGGCUUCCUCGCCCUCGCCUUCUAUCCCAGCUACACCUGCCAUCUCCUCAUAUUCCUCCCCAGACCGUACAUUCUCCUCCGAGUCCUCCCGCUCCACCUCCUCCGCCACCUCCGCAGAUGCCAGAUCGUCCGUGUCGACCUCGUCCCGGCGUCAUGGGUACAUCCGUGCAUUAGGAGCCGAGUUCGCGGAUUCGGCCCGCCAUCGCGACAGCGUCAUGAGCCUCGGCAGUAUCGCCCACCUACAAUAUUACUUUGCCCGGACGGGCUUAUUGGAUGGGAAAGGUGGCCGGGGCAAGGAAUGGGACAAGGACAAGAAGAAGGGCAAGGAUAGUGUGCCGCGGGUGUUGAUCACCCCUAAUCAGCGACACAUGGAUGAUUUGGAAUCCAGCCCUACGGAUAUGACAGAACCCGCCGAAGGUGAAUUGGAUGAAGACGAGGAGGCCGAGGUGAUGCUGCCACCCACUGUUAGCACGUACAGCAUCAAAACGCAUCAUAUCCCUCCUCCACCGGAUUUGAUCUCUUUGCGCCGGCAAUUGAUGCUUGCAUUGGAUAAGGCGGAGACUGAUAUCGAGGCUAUCGAAAAUGGUGCUGAGCCUCCUCCUCGCGAGCCAAUUCGCAAUAGUCUUUCUCCAAGUGAUGUGCCAGAAAGCCAUAUAGAGGAAUCUGGUGAGGCUCCCACCCCGAAGAACAAAGAGGAGGCACAGGGCAUGUGCAUCUUGGAUGAUGUGACAAAUGCUAUUCGAGCUGCCAAGAUCUACUACACUGCCCAUGAACACCCAGAACGUCUAGCUUCGAUAAAAAGCGAGCGCGAGAUUCGCAAGGAGCUCUUUGAUGUGCUGGAAGUGUUGAAGCGCUGGGCUGCUCGGCAUUUCGCUAGUGGUCUCCGGGAGGAAGAGCGUGAUCGAAUUCAGGGGUGGAUCUCAGGUGUGCGCGCCAUGCUGGUCCGCGAGAAAGCCCUCGAAGACCUCGAGGCCCAGGAACGGCAAAAUUGGGAUUGGGCAGCUGGUGACUGGAGAGGCCGAGAGCGCCCACGCGAGGAGUCUUUCCUGCGCAGUUUGAUGCCCGGUGGAGAUUCCUUGCCUACCUGGACACCCAUUGAAGAGACACCCGCUGAAAUUCUUCCCACUGCGUUCCUGGACAAAUUCCGGGAUGGGCGCGCAUUGGUCCAGUUACACAACCUCGCGAUCAAGAAGUCCAAACGCCACUUCGGCGAGAUCAAGGCACACCACCAGGACAUUGCCAAGCCAUAUCGGCAGGCUGAUAACCUUAGGUUCUGGGUGAAAGCUGCAGAGCUCCGGUGGGAGCUGCGUUUGGAUGUUGAUGUGAUGGGGGUUGUACAGAACAGUGGUGCUGCGGCCUGGAAGCAAUUUGACACUGCACUGCUGGCCUGGUGUAAGACUGUUCGCGAGGAGUUGGUGCGGGAUUGGCAAGCUGCCAAUCCGGGACGGCCCCCGAGUGCUGGGUUGAUUUGA